CUCUGCCAUUCCAACUCCAUAUUACAAAACUUCACAGUUUCUUGCAGCUAAAACCACAACUAACGUCAAAAGUCACAAGCCAUAGUUCACAUUCUCGAUUCGUGUUUUUCAUAUUCAAUCUCCCACUCUUAAAUCACCGUCUUCUUGUUUCACUCGUAAGAAUUCAUAGUUAUAUUCAGAAACUGGCGAAAUCGAUCGCGCAUUUAAUCCGCAACUUUCAGUUUCUCGAUAUCGCGGUUUCGUUAAGAUUCGAAAAGAGUUGAAUGCAAUUUAUCUGUGCAUAACACUGUAUUGUUAUCCAUGGUUAGCAGUGGAAUCGGUUGAACAAUUUAGGUUGAGGUUGUUGAAGGAGGAGGAGAAAGAGAGGAUCGAAACGGCGAAGACGGAAAGUAAAAGUAGUUUGUGUUUCCGUUGGCUCGCACGUGAGUGCGUGCAAUAUCUGUGUCUGUGAGGUGCGAGAGUUUCGUGACUGAGAGAACAAGUGGAGAGCGAAAAUGCCUCACAGAACCACAUACAUUUUCCCGCGUCAAUUUCCGGAGCGAGGGUUGGAUGAAUCUUCCAAACAGCUGUUAGAUCACGAGAAAAAGAAAAUCGUCAACUCAAUCAAACAUGACACGUUUAGCGUCGAAAGCGGCACUCCGAACAAACCGCUUCCGACUAAAGAAAACGACGUCGUUCUCUCCUCCGCUAAGCACUCCGCAGUCUCCGACCUGUUCGCCGCCGGCGAGAAGUUCCGGACUAAACAAAAGCAAAUCGCCGCGUUCUGCGAUUGGCUGAUCGACAAGAAAGUCAGCCACUCCGGCCACCACCAAGACCACCAUUGUGAAGGCGACCUACUUCUGCCGCGGGAAACUACCAUCAAGGACGCUUCCAUUGACCAGAGCUUUGACCGGCAGGUUUCGCUGCCGAGGCUAUCGAGCGGGAGCAGCUAUGCUGGAAGCUUGUUUUCGGGGACGACGUUUGAUUGCAAUUUUUCCAGCGAUAUUAAGGAGGAAACGUCGUCAUCUCGCACUCUCACUACUAUUGCUGCGCCGAGGCACAAGGAUAAGGAGGUCGAGGAAGAGAGCACGGAGAAGUUGGCGAAGAAGUCGAAAGAGAGCUAUAUCUUGCAACUCACGUUAGCGAAGAGGCUCAACUUUUUGGCUAGCCUCGUCACUGAACCUUUUCUCACUCCAGGAACCGAAACCUGGGAUGCUGAAUCCGUUUCUUACCGCCUAUGGGUGAGUGGAUGUUUAUCUUACACGGACAAGAUAUCUGACGGGUUUUAUAACAUACUGGGGAUGAAUCCAUAUCUUUGGGUGAUGUGUAAUGAUGUGGAGGAAGGUAGAAGGAUUCCUACUUUGAUGGCGCUAAAAGCGGUUGAGCCCAGCGAAACUUGUAUGGAGGUGGUGCUUGUUGAUAGACGCGAGGACUCUCGGUUGAAGCUGCUUCAAGAUAAGGCGCAAGAGUUGUAUUGUGCUUCUGAGAACACCUUGGUGCUAGUGGAGCAGCUAGGGAAACUGGUAGCUAUUUAUAUGGGGGGUAUGUUCCCGGUGGAGCAAGGCAAUCUUCACAAGCGCUGGAAGUUGGUUAGUAAGAAGUUGAGGACUUUGCACAAGUGUGUUGUGCUUCCCAUUGGCAGCCUGUCUACUGGGCUUUGUAGGCAUCGGGCAAUACUUUUUAAGAGAUUGGCAGAUUACAUAGGUUUGCCCUGUCGUAUAGCUCGUGGUUGCAAGUAUUGUGUUGCAGAUCAUAGAUCCUCUUGCCUAGUCAAAAUUAAAGAUGACAAACAGCUCUCAAGGGAAUAUGUGGUUGACCUAGUUGGGGAACCAGGAAAUGUCCAUGGACCAGAUUCCUCAAUAAAUGGAGCAUAUGUUUCUUCAAUGCCUUCCCCGUUUCAAAUUUGUCACUUAAAAGAAUCACAAUCACCUUAUAUGGAUGACAUGGCAAGUUCUGAAUCCGUAGGUUCCAAUGACAGACCUGUUAAUCCUGAAAAUCUUCCGUAUUCAGGCUGCGGAAAUAAUGAUCAACAAGCUAAAGAAACUGAUUUGCUGAGAAGCUCCAUUUAUAGUUCAGUUGAUCAGAUCUGUGAAGUUACAGAACCAUCUCUAAUUCCUUUUGGAUUAGAUGGGAAUGACGAGGAAUGCUCAGUUAUUAGUUCGGUUUUGCCUACCAUCCAUGAAGAUGAUUCUAAAAUUCUCCAUCCAGACAUCGAGGCAACACUAAAUGAAUAUCCAAGCCUUAGGGAAGAUGUAGUACAAUUACAAGAAAUUUCCAACAAUGAGAUCAUUGUAAAUGGAAGUUCUGCGGUGAAAAGUAGUUUCAAGCGAUCUAUACUUGGUUCAUCCAGCCAGUCAGAACUGAAACAGGUAGACAAUAGAAGUGAAAACAAGGGUUGUUUACCUGCUGGGAAUAUUCCAAGAUAUGUGAAUCUUGAGCCAUCACUUGCAAUGGACUGGCUUGAGAUAUCAUGGGAGGAUUUACGAAUUAAAGAGCGUGUUGGUGCUGGUUCAUUCGGGACAGUGUACCGUGCUGAAUGGCAUGGAUCGGAUGUUGCAGUCAAGGUUUUAACAGUUCAGGAUUUCCAUGAUGAUCAGUUGAAGGAGUUCCUGAGAGAGGUUGCAAUAAUGAAACGGGUUCGCCAUCCGAAUGUGGUGCUCUUCAUGGGAUCUGUUACAAAACGCCCCCAUCUAUCAAUAGUGACAGAGUAUUUGCCUAGGGGUAGUUUAUACCGCCUGAUACACAGACCAGCAUCUGGUGAAAUUCUGGACAAGAGGAAGAGACUGCGGAUGGCAUUGGAUGUGGCUAAAGGAAUCAAUUAUCUCCACUGUCUGAAACCUCCAAUUGUGCACUGGGAUCUCAAAUCCCCAAACUUGUUAGUGGAUAAAAAUUGGACUGUGAAGGUUUGUGAUUUUGGAUUGUCCAGAUUUAAGGCAAACACUUUCAUACCGUCCAAAUCAGUUGCUGGAACACCUGAGUGGAUGGCUCCAGAAUUUCUUCGUGGAGAACCUUCCAAUGAGAAAUCUGACGUAUACAGUUUUGGAGUUAUCCUGUGGGAACUUGUGACCUUGAAACAGCCAUGGAGUGGACUUAGCCCUGCCCAGGUGGUUGGAGCUGUUGCUUUCCAGAAUAGGAGGCUUGCUAUCCCUCCAAACAUCUCCCCAGCAUUGGCCUCCCUCAUGGAAUCUUGUUGGGCCGAUGACCCUGGUGAGCGGCCAUCUUUUGGUAGCAUAGUUGAAUCACUAAAAAAGCUGAUAAAAUCUCCAGCAGAUCUGAUAAAGAUGGGAGAUACAUAGAUAUAUGCAGCGCGUAAUUGGAAUUUCUUGCGCCUGAAACUUCUUGCCCUUUAUAUGGAAGCGUUAGUUAACAAAUCUAAUUUUUUGUCGUAAUAUUUUAUCAAAAUUUGCCUUCUAUCUAAAAAAAUAUUGUGGGAAAAAUUAGUUAUUGCUUGAGCUGUGGUCUCACCAAAAUGGGGCGAGACAUAACAAUGGUUAAAUAAAUCCUGUAAUUUCUUUCGGUGUUUCCCUA